AUGCUAUUGUCUAAACUACUAAAUCCCACCGAAAGCUCGAGCACAAAUGAGGAUAAUCCUAUUUCACAUGUUGAUGGACUAAGACAAAUGGAGCCAUGUUCUAAAGAAUGUUCAAUGGCAGAAUAUGAUACUUUUGCGGUCCACGAAGCACAGCUUGAAAUGUACAAGAUGAACACCAGCGACAAAACUUAUACACAAGACGGCCCUAGAAUGGGUCGGAAUGUGAGUGCCGAGGUAUAUCAAUACAGUUCUGACACCUUAGCCAAGGCCACAGCACCAAGCCCUUCCGAGCCGAUUGAUAUCUCCCCAAGCUAUAGGCAUCGCGAGUUCGGCACCAGACAUCCAGAUCAGGGGACUGGAGACUUCAAUACUGUAUCUCAGAGUAGUCCUCAAUUCUACACAGCGAAGUUUGAACAAAGCGGGAUGCCUGCUAAUAACAGUGAGUUAUUUACUGCCGAAUUUAGUACGUACAUGACUCACCACAUUGUUGAACGAGAUAUAGAACACUUCCCACCCACAGAAAAGGACGAGAUGGCUAGUGCUACUACAAUAUCAUCGGCAGUGGAAGCGCACUUUCCACAUACUGUGGCGCCUCAGCAACUCGGAGAACAGCUGGAUGACGAUGAAUAUGAAGUUGAGAGAGUGGUGGCCAGCCGAAAGCCCCGAGGAAAACAAAGAAAAUACUUGAUAAAGUGGGAAGGCUACGACGAGUAUACAUGGCUACCGAGGAGCAGUCUCAACAACGCCCUGGAUGUACUCGCGGAUUAUCGCCGCAAAAGGAAGGAGCGACGCAGAAUGAGAGGGUAUGCUUGA